AUGAGUACCGUGAGCGAGCACUCGCUGAACGGCGCGCUUCGCCCUGGCGGCGUCCUCAACAUCCUUAGCCGCGAAGCCAUUGGGCUCCUCGGCCAGUACGUCGCCGUCGGCAUGAUCUACGGUCUCCUGCCUGCGCUUGUGUACCCCGUCUAUAUUCAGUACAUGAACUUCAACGGGUACCAAGCCGCGUCGUAUACGUCGAUUGUCAAUAUCUGCUGGUCGUUCAAGAUCUUCAUGGGGGUCCUCACCGACUGCUUCCCGCUCUUUGGCUUCAAGCGCAAGCCGUACAUGGUGCUUGGCUGGUGCAUUGCGCUCAUUUGCAUCUGCUGCAUGACCUUUUCGACGUUUCCGGCGCCGUAUGUGGGCCGGCCGCUGUCGUCGCUGUCGCACGACACGAUCGCGAUGCUUCGCGGCGGCAAUCUCUCGGAACUCAACGCAACGGCUCGGGUGCAUGUCAACGUGCAAGCCUCGAGCCAAGCGGGCUACUGGAUCAUACUCUCGACCAUCUGCAGCUUUGGCUACAUGCUCGCCGAUGUGGCCGCCGACGCCAUGGUGGUUGAGUACGCCCAGCGCGAGCCGAUUCUGGUUCGCGGCCGGCUCCAGUCGAUCAUUUACGGCACGCGGUUUGCGUCGUCGGUCGUGCCGCAGCUCAUUGCGGGCAUUUGCAUGAACAGUUUCGAGUACGGCGGCAACUUUGACUGGUCCAUCACUCCGAACGCCGCAUUUGGUAUGCUCGUGGUGCCGUGUCUCCUCGCCAUAUACUGCGCGCUCUUCCUCGUCGUCGAGGAGCGCGACGUGCGGCCCGUCUUUAGCGCGUACAUGGGUCGGCUCUGGCGCCUCCUCGAGCUCCGCGUCGUGUGGCAAAUCUGUCUCUUUCGCUUUUGCAGCAACGUCUUCUUUUCGUUUGAAGCGACCGCGAUCCCGAGCAUGAAGAGCGCGUGGGCCAACGUCCAGCCGCUCACCAACUCGAUCUUUGGCGUGCUCAACACGGCGCUCAUGGCCGCCGCCAUCUUCGCCUGCGGGCAGUGGGGCCUCAACCUCAAUUGGCGCCACGCGAUCGCAGUUGCGACGAUUGCAAUUGCUGCGAUUGACUCGACGGUGCUCCUCUCGGUGACGUGGCAUGUGACGCGGAGUCCGUACUUUUUCAUGGGCCGGCUACUGCCGAAAGCCCUCCCGAGCGCGAUCCGGUUUGCGAUUUCGUCGUUUUGCGCAGUUGAGAUUGCCGACAUUGGCAACGAAGGCGCCGUCAACAGUCUCAUCACGACGAUCGUCAACCUCGCGACGCCGUUUUCCACGGUCGUGUACAAGCUUGUCGAUUCGUACUUUGACGUCUCGGUCGCCAACCUCGCAACCGACUCGGUGAGCGUGCGCUGGCAAGUGACGUACGUGCUCUUGAUCUCGCUCGGCAUGAAGCUCUUCUCGCUGGUCUUUCUCGGAUUGCUCCCGCCGCAGAAAGCUGCGCUCCAGUGGCUCAAGAAGCGCGGCGGCUACAACCGCGGUGCGGCGUGGGGGAUUGUGAUUGGCUUCUCCACUGCGCUGCUUUUUGCCAUUGUGAGCAGCGUUAUGGCGCUCUUCCCAUCGACCGCGUGCUAUCGCAUUGCGGGCGGUAGUGGCGAGGCCAUUGUUCGCAACGGCGUUGCGAUCUGCGGCUGGGUCGACUCCACCGGCACUUUAACGACGAGCCACAACGACUAGGUGCUUGGGUACUAUUUUAUUAUAAGCAUGGAUGAUAAGA